AUGACAACAGAAUAUUCUGACGGCAAGAUAGCGGCCGAGAGAUUCGCGCCUCAUUUAUCUGAGUUCUACCCUUUAGUAAACAGUUCUGGUCAAAACGUUCAAGAUAUCAAAAAGUCAGAAGUAGAGGCCCCAACCCACAUGGAUAGACUAGAAUCACCCUUCAGAUCUGCUGCAACUUCCAGCGUGUUUAGACUGCGUCGUCCCUCGUCUUUCAGAUCUGGAUUUAGCACAAUAAGUGACCUACAGAACUUGGUCACCAAUAAGGACAUGACGCAAACCGUGGACACAAUGCAGCAACUACUGGCUAAUGCAAAAAGUUACGCAAAGGAACUCUCGGCCACGUCACAAAAAGCUAGUUUGUUGGCGCUGUCUCUGGAGCAAAUGGCGCGCUUGAAGGGGUGCAACGACGACAGUGCAGACAAGUAUUUGAGCUCCAGCGGGUUAUUCCACCUGAUUGCCAACCACCAGCGAAUUAUGUCCAAUUGCAUCAGCUCAUCGCUGGUCGAAACGUUGACGAGUCGCAUUGACGAGUUUCAGUACAAGCGAAGAGUACACGAGUCAGAGUUCAAGCGGGAGUUUCACGAUGAGGCGAAGAAACUCAAAUUACAGGAAAAAUACAAUGCACAGUUUUCCAGACGAAAGACGCGGAACCUGGUCUCGUAUCGGGAAAACUUGGCCAAUUUACAACUACAACUAGAUGAACUGGAAUCAUUGAAGCAUCACUAUUAUCAGAACUCGUACGAGAUGGUUGAAAGCUGUUGUUCAGAUGUUUUAAAAGACACUGCAACUGUAUCAAGGGCACAAGUAGAGAUCAGCGAAAACAUUGCACGAAAAGGGUGGUCAGGCGGGGGUUUAGAUGAGCUGCUGGUGAACGCCGACGACCCGUUUAACAACGCGGGCAGUGAUCAAAAAAAUGAAGAUUUAACCUAUGAAUAUCACAGCGACGUUUUGAAUUCUCCGAGAAGCUCGCACAUCAGUCGAAACGGGACGCCACGUACGGCUAAAUUAAGGAUCACGCCAUCACGUCGCAAAAGUGGGUCUCACUCCUCAGCGAGUGCCGCUGCCAACCAGGACAGCGAUAAUGACGAUGCAUACGAUAAUUCGUUUUCACUUCCGAUGCCAAAAUCACAAGAAUACUCGCUUGCACGGGAGGGGGAGGGAAAGAAAAGCGAUACAGAAGUCCGAAAUAAUGACGAGGAGGAGCAAAACAACGACGGAAACGACAAAACUGAAGGCUUAAGCAGUGAAAGGAUUUUGGACGGACUGACCGAUCUGAAACUGGAUACUCGUAGCAGCAAAAGCUCGACGCAAUAA